UCCAGGGAUGGCCGUGCUGUGAGUCUCCGCAGGAAAUUCCGCUGCUGCAGCCGGUUUGCCGCGGGGAUUCGUGUCAUGGAGCUGAGGUUCUGGGGCGGAGACUGGGGCCUGCCCUCCGUACACCCAGAGAGCCUGGUGGUCCUGGCUUAUGCAAGAUUUGUUGGUGCUCCCCUGAAGUUAAACCCUGUGGAUUAUACCUGGGCAAGUCUUCAAGGUUUUGGGCCAAUCUUAAUAUCCAAAGAUGAAGUUACUACACAACCGGCCAACAUUUUAAAUUUUCUUAGGAAACAGAAAUAUAAUGCUGAUUAUGUGCUAUCGGCGAGAGAGGGGUCAGAUACACUGGCAUACAUUGCUCUACUCGAGGAGAAACUGCUUCCUGCAAUGCUGCACACAUUUUGGGUUGAUGCUGAGAAUUAUUCCAGUGUAACAAGGCCCUGGUACUCAUCACACACUCCUUUCCCUCUGAGCUUUUACCUGCCUGGGAAGAUGUCCAGAGAGGCUUUGAACAGGAUCCUGGUGACCAAGGGGCAGCCUCCGCUCUACAGUCUGAAUGAAGUGGAAGCUCAGGUUUAUAAGGAUGCCAAGGAAUGUCUCAAUCUCCUCUCCAACAGACUGGGAGCAUCGCGCUACUUUUUUAGAGAAAUGCCUACGUCUUUGGACGCCUUCGUCUUUGGUUUCCUGGCUCCUCUCUAUAAAGCUCAUCUUCCCAAGGUCCAGUUGCAAGAACAUUUAAAGCAGCUUUCCAACUUGUGUGAAUUUUGUGACCAUAUUCUUAGUGCCUAUUUCACACAGAAUGCUGAAGGCUCACCUCCUGCUGGCCAGGAAGCAAUAGAUGCAAAUUUACAGAAACUUACACAACUUGUAAAUAAGGAAUCCAACCUCAUAGAAAAGAUGGAUGAUAACCUCCGGAGGAGCCCUCAGAAUCGUCCUCAGACACUGACAGCACUACAUCCUCCUGCUUCCACUGCGAAUAGAGAUUCAUCCCAGUUCCUCACACCAUGACUAUGCCUGGCGCUCCCAUUUACUGCUAACCAGGUCCAGCCAGAAGUCCUGUGUGUAACCUAUUCUGCCUUAUGG